AUGGUGGUUUUCCUAACUGUCGUCCGAGCGUACCACGGGCUGUCCUUCACGAGUGACGCCGAGCUGUUGGCGGGCAACGAUAUGCUCUCCGCGAGUGAUACCGAGUCGCUGACGGGUGACAGAGUAGAGUUAGCGGUCGGCAAGAUGAUCUUCACGGGCGACGCUGAGCUGCUGACGAGCAAUGGGAUGGUCUUCGCGGGUCACGUUAAGUUGCCGACGGGUAACAGGGUAGAGUUGACGAUCCACGAUAUGCUCCUCACGGGCAACUCCAAGCUGUUGACGAGCGAUGGGAUGGUUCUCCAGAGUAACGCUGAACUACUGACGAGCGAUAAGACCGUCUUCGCGAGCAACACCAAGCUGUUGACGAGUAACAGGAUGGAGUUGGCGACCCACGAGAUGGUCCUCGCGGGACAUGCCGAGUUGCUGGCGGGCGGUCACAAGGGCCAUGUCACCCUCAACGUUGGCAGCUGUACCAGCAUUACUCAGUGA